CUUCCCGAGGUGUAUGUGUUUCUACCAUGACUACACCACAUUGGGUAUCCAAAGACCUCAUCCAAACUGCUUUAAGAAGUUAUUUUGGAAAUCAAGAACUUGCAGUAAUGGGAUACUCGAGUUCGGCAGCAGUACCUGUAGGUGAUAACUACACUAGUGACAUAUUUCGAACAGUUGUUACGUUUCAAACUGAUACAAGUGGAAAUCGAGGCACAAUUUCGAUGAUAAUGAAAUGUUCCCCAGUCGAAAAAAAGGAGAUGUUGGAAUUAACAAGGCAGGAACAAUAUUUUGCGAAGGAAAUUGAAGUGUACAAAACUACUCUUCCAGCUAUUUAUGAUACGUUAGGAGAAUAUUUCACUUUGUCAGCGAAAUUUAUUUAUUACACCGAGAAGCCGCAUACACUACUUAUGUUUGAGGAUUUAGGGAAAUUGGGUUUUCAAAUGCAUAAUCGGCAAACAGGGUUUGAUCUAAAUCAUUGUCUUCUGGUAGCCGAAAAAAUAGCAUGUUUACACGCCGCGUCUCUUGUACUGCAUGAGAAGCAUCCUGGUUUGUACAAAGCUUUUGACAGGGGCAUAUUUUCAAAAAACGAAAUGAUAACAGUUUGGAUAACUCGCGCGUUCGAAUCAUUAAUUAAAGCAUGUUCCACCUGGCCAGGCUAUGAAAAGUACAGCAAGAAACUACAAGCGAUACUUGACAGAGUUGUUGACAGAGCGAUCUGGUGCUCAUCUCCAAAAUUGGGUAGCUUUAAAGUGCUAAAUCACGGUGAUGCGUGGGUUAAUAACUUCCUAUUUUCAUACGACAGUGAAGGAAAACUGAAGGACUGCAAAUUUGUAGAUUAUCAAUUGGUGAUAUUUUCAAGUCCGGCAAUAGAUUUGCACUACUUUUGGACAACUAGUCCAAAAAUGGAGGUAAGGCGGGAACAUUUGGACACGAUACUUGACCGAUAUUAUUCAAAACUUCUGUAUACCUUAGCAUCACUGAAUUACUCCUUAGAGAGGAUACCAACCAAGAAACAAUUUCUGAAAGAUUGGAAGUCUAGAUCAUUUUAUGGUCUGCUGGCUGCCGCUGCAAUUUUACCAUUGGUAAAAGCGAGCAGUAGAAAUGAUGCAUCUUUUGAAGAUUUAAUGGCGGAUGAUUCUGAAGACAGUUUCCGUUAUCACGCGUAUAAUAAUGAGAGAUACAGGAAGCAUAUGGAAUAUUUGUUACCAUUUUUCGACGACUUGGGAGCUUUAGAUUAUUUUUAG